AGUGUCAAUCAUCUUCUUCUUCGUCAGCCUCCCUUCCACCGCCAUAUUGGGCAACUAAAAAAGGAGGGGGGCUCGUGCUUUUGGGGUGUUUUCCCCCCUCAUCCCUUGUCCCGACUCACUCGCGGCUCCGAGACUCGCGCGGCGGCAAGGUUUGGAGAGGGGCUGCGUUCGCGGGACACACGGGCUCGCCCCAGCCUACGCUCCGACUGUUUGCCACCUCCUCCUGCCUCCUCCCCUCCCUUCCCCGCCCUCCAGUACACUUGAUCACUGAAGCCUCGAGCUGCGCGGCGGCUGGGGUGUCCCUGCGCCUCUCUUCCCCAGACCUGCGCGCUACUGCGGCUCGGGCGGUCGCUCGCCUGGCUCUGCUCCAUUUGACUGUCUGUGUGCAGUCGCAGAACUUCGAAGAGGGUUUUGCGCUCCAUCCGUGGCGUUUCGCUUUUGUUCGGUUUUGUUGUUUAUUUCAUUUUUUUUUUUCCGGAGAGAGGCGAGGCGGUGGUCCACACCCGCCCGAGGAGGAAGAUGUCAAACGUGAGAGUGUCUAACGGGAGCCCGAGCCUGGAGCGGAUGGACGCCAGACAAGCGGAGCACCCCAAGCCUUCCGCCUGCAGAAAUCUCUUCGGCCCGGUCAAUCAUGAAGAACUAACCCGGGACUUGGAGAAGCACUGCCGGGAUAUGGAAGAAGCGAGUCAGCGCAAGUGGAAUUUCGACUUUCAGAAUCAUAAGCCCCUGGAGGGCAGAUACGAGUGGCAGGAGGUGGAGAGGGGCAGCUUGCCCGAGUUCUACUACAGGCCCCCGCGCCCCCCCAAGAGCGCCUGCAAGGUGCUGGCGCAGGAGAGCCAGGAUGUCAGCGGGAGCCGCCAGGCGGUGCCUUUAAUUGGGUCUCAGGCAAACUCUGAGGACCGGCAUUUGGUGGACCAAAUGCCUGACUCGUCAGACAAUCCGGCUGGGUUAGCGGAGCAGUGUCCAGGGAUGAGGAAGCGACCUGCUGCAGAAGAUUCUUCUUCGCAAAACAAAAGGGCCAACAGAACAGAAGAAAAUGUUUCAGACGGUUCCCCGAACGCUGGCACUGUGGAGCAGACGCCCAAGAAGCCCGGCCUUCGACGCCAGACGUAAACAGCUCCGAAUUAAGAAUAUUUCCUUGUUUAUUAGAUACAUCACUGCUUUAUGAAGCAAGGAAGAUAUACAUGAAAAAAUUUAAAUACAUAUCGCUGACUCCAUUGAAUGGACAUCCUGUAUAAGCACUGAGAAAGCAAAAACAAUAACACUAAAAUUUUAGGCACUCUUAAACCAUCUGCCUCUAAAAGCAUUGGAUGUAGCAUUGCGCAAUUAGGUUGUUCCUUAUUUGCUUUGUUGUACUACCUGUGUAUAUAGUUUUUAUCUUUUACUCUGUAGCACAUAAACGUUAGGGAUGGGAGGGCAGGGUGGGGCUGAGGAGUCAGCAUGGGGGUGAAGAACUUGCUUCAAUUUGUAGCAAGGAGAAAAAUAUUUGACUUGCAUAAAGAGAAGCAACCUGGGUGGGGGUGGGGGGGGGAAGGGUUUGAAUUCCUUUCUUUAAAGAUGUAGUGUCCCUUUCGGUAAGAAUGGAUCCUUUAUUUUUAAAAUAAUCAAAAUUUGAAUAAUUGCUACACAUGGUUGCUAUUUAUUUCUACAUGAAGCUUAUUCUCACUUGGAGGUUCUGAAGAUUCUGUUAUAGAGCAAGAAAUGGCUUAAUUUUUUUUUUUAAUUGGAAUUUACCAGUUUAUUGUUUAGCAGUAAUUACCCCAGGUAACACUGGGCAAAAAUCUGGGGUGCAUAAUAGGGAAUUCUGAAUUCUUAGAUUUGAUUAUCCCAGAUCAUUUUUGCUAAGAAAAAUUCUUAUUUCUUUUUUUCACAGUGAACAUAAUCCUAAAUCCUUGGAUAUUUUUAGAAGUCUGUAACUUUACACAAAUAAUGAAAUAAUUUUUAAUUCAAAGUUUCUCACCCUACUUGUUAAUUUGCCCCCAAGGAAAGUUGUUUUUUUUUUUUUUUUUUUUUUUAAGGAAAAAAGGACACUUGUAGAGUAAGUGAAAUGGAUACUACAUCUUUAAACAGCGUUUCUUCAUUGCCUGUGUAUGAGAAAAACUUGGAAGUGUGCCUGUGUAUAUAACUCUGUAAAGACACUGAAAAUUAUACUAACUUAUUUAUGUUAAAAAGAGAUUUUUUUUUAAUCUAGACAAUAUACAAGCCAAAGUGGCAUGUUUUGUGCAUUUGUAAAUGCUGUAUUGGAUAGACUAGCCCCCCCCCCGCCUUUGUUAAAUAGUAUGGCUGUGCUUAAAAGGUUGCAUACUGAGCCAAGUAUAAUUUUUGUAAUGUGUGAAAAAGAUGCCAAUUAUUGUUACACAUCAAGCAAUCAAUAAAGAAAACUUCCGUAGUUAUUUAUUGAGUGC